AAUUCAACAGAGUUCCAUUGAUUGGUUCUGUCAUUCUUUAAAAAAAAACUUUGAUAUUAAUGUUAUUCAUAUUGUGUAAAUAAAUUUAAGAAUACGCCGAGUUUGCAGGAAAUGUACAAGAUCUCCAGGGAAUUUACAUCGCUAGAAAGUUUACGUAAAUUAAUGAUAAAAUAUAGUUCGACCUCUAAACUUAAAAAACCAGAAUCCAUAAAAAAUUCAAAAAAAUCUUUAAAAAAUAAAUAUAAAAAUAAACCCAAUUUGCAAGUAUCCGUGGCAAAUGUAGUAAUGGAUGCCUUCAACGUAAACAAAACAGAUAAGUGUAAAAAUAGUAAAAGCCAAGAGGCUCGAUAUAGCGUUUUGGAAAGGUAUUUUCCCGCUGUUUAUUCUAAAUAUCGCCAUUGGGAACCAACCGUAUAUGGUAAUAAUUACUACAGCACUCUUCAAAAAGAAAUGGGAAUGGAUUUCACGUUAGUGUCUUAUAAUAUUUUGGCACAAGACCUUCUUGAAAAUCAUAGUUAUAUAUAUAAAAAUCACAAGAAUGAUGCUUUAAAUUGGUCACACAGACUGUCUAAAUUAACUGAUGAAUUACUUUUAUUGAAACCUCAUAUAAUUUGUUUGCAAGAAGUGCAACAUGAUCACUUAGAUGACAUCAAAUUCAAUUUGAAAGAACUAAACUUGAAAUGCAUUUACAAAAAAAAAACCGGAAUUAGAACCGAUGGAUGUGCGAUUUUUUACAACGAUAGCAAGUUUGUACUAAAGGACUUUAAAUCUGUAGAGUUUUAUCAACCAAAUAUUGAAAAGUUAGACAGAGAAAAUGUAGGACUUAUUGUAAGAUUGUCUUUAAAAGAAAACCCAGAAGAAUACAUUAUAGUUGCAACAACACAUUUACUAUACAACCCAAAAAGACAGGAUGUUCGACUAGCGCAAAUACAAGUUCUGUUAGCAGAGUUAGAUCACUUAUCCUUUAGAGGAUUGUACAAGGACGGUAUUCCAGAAAGAUUCCCAAUUAUAUUAACCGGUGACUUUAAUUUAAAGCCAUGCUCUGCUCCUUAUAAACUAUUAACACGUGGUGAAUUAGAAUACAGCAAUUUAACUCGGCUAACAUUAGAAGAACCAUUUAGUGAAGACGCUAAUUUGGUCGGAAAACAGUUUCUUCCUCCUCAUUUAGGAAUUACUGACAAUUGCCAGCAUAUUGAUGUUGUUGGUCAUAGUUAUACUAAACCAUCAAGGUUAUAUAGUAGUGAUAAUAAUGAAAGAUCUGGUAAAAUUUCUCCCGACCUAGUUGAAUCAUGCCCACAACUUUUUUCUUCUGGUCAGUUAACACACAGCUUAAAUUUGAAUUCUGCAUAUCACCAUGUUAAUAAAACAAAUGAGAAAUAUGCCUCUACCUAUCAAGACGAGUGGAUAACAGUUGACUAUAUUUUUUAUAAUAAAAAAUUAGGGACCGGCACGGAUAGUAAUUUGAAACUACUAUCAAGGUAUGUGUUACCAACAGUUUCCCAAUGUAUUCAAAUGGGUAUGAUACCAAAUAACAGAUUAGGGUCAGAUCAUUUGGCUUUAGCAGUACAUUUUUUCUUUAAAACUGAGAAAGUAACUUCAUGAAAAAUCUUAAAUAAAUUUUUACGUGUAAAAUUAUUGUUUCUGUGAAAAUAAUACGCGUUAUUGUAACGUUCUUUUCUUUUUAUUAUAAAUUUGCAUAGCUUAA